CGCGUAGUACUGUAAUGAAUUUCGGUUGAGUAAGCAACGCGCGGCAAGUGACUCACUUGGUGGUAUUGAAAUUUCAGCAUAAAUAAAAUAUUGUUACACCUUGCUCGCGUUAUCGCUAAAAUUAGCAAUGUGAUGCACAUUGAACUUCGGUAAAGUGUGUUGUGUGGGGUAUAUGUGGCAUGAAUGCGGGCAGCGAAAUCAAAUUCGUGUAUAAACACCGUGUGCUCUAAUUCAAAGCGGCUUCAUCGCAAGCAUUUGAUGAUAAAAACUAAUUAUCUAAUCUCAUCCAAGCAAUCAAUAAGUUGACACAUAAGUGGAAUGGUAUUUUAUCAUCGUAGCAUCAAAUGCGCAAUAAUCAGGCAGGCGUUUCCGUGGAUUUUUAUUUCGCUGAUUUUCUUGGGUUAGACGAUAGCCUAGUGAUUCGGUGAUUUUGCGUUAGUGUGAGUGAUUAGUGCGCGCGAUAAUUACCGACAUACGAGCGUGCCAUAUAACGCUGUUAUCUAUUAGAUGAAUCCGGAGGUGGAUAUCAUUGAUUAUGGUUAUUUGUUUGUCAAAACGCUAUCACGCUAUUUUGUCGGCUACACGUACUCGAUUCCCACUCGGGUGGCAGAUCGCCUUGAGUGCGUUUACUGCUUUGUUGUAAGUUUAUUACGUUUGCGCUCUUAACGACGAUAACGUCAUCAUCCGCAUGAAUAUUCGGCACUCCGACGACUGGUGAGCAGUAAAGCGCGACGCCAUCGGCAAACGCAUACAUUCAUCUAGUUCCGAGUUCCGAGUUGCUAGUUCCGCCCGCCAGCGAAGUCUUACGAGUUGUGCGCGGCGCAUAAUUAAUGCGCUCGCAAUUAAAUUAAAUAAUGCGCGCCGCCGAAGACCGUCGCGAUUAUUGGAGCUUGCUAGUUUAAUUAGUGGCACCGACGGUCGUUUAGUGUACGUCCGGACGCGGAGCAGUGCAGAACACGACGAACCCAUCACAGGAUGAGCCGCCCGAAGCAGCUGCCGCCACGGCAGAUCCUGUUGCGCCUUGUGUGCUCCCAGUGCCGGGACUAUUUGUCCGUCGACCCGGUGCGUAUCCUGCCCAACAACGAGGUGCGUUGCGGGCGCUGCUCACGCGGUCACCUGUCGUCGAUGCAGGCUGUGCGUAGUGUCGCCUUUGAAGAUGUCGCCAACUAUUUUGUCUUCCCCUGCAAGUUCGACAAGUGCAACCGGGUGCUGGAGCGCCACGAAAUGGGCCUGCAUGAGUUGAAGUGUGAAUACGGAGCGGAGGGAUGUUGCUCCUGUUGGAGACGCUGUGGCGUGGAAAAUCUACCCCCACCAAAACCUAAAGGUUUAUACUACAUUAAUGCCGAUGAUAAAACCCACGAACUCAUCACUUGCGUUCACUGCUUUGGCUAUCUCUCGGCUCUACCAAUAUUCAUCCGCCCUAAUGGUACCUACAUCUGUUACCGCUGUGGGCCUGACCUGCAAGCACCACCAGUGAUCCGCGACAAACCCCUGGAAGAACUCCUAGACUGUUUUAUCAUCAAAUGCUCCUACAGAAUGAAUGGGUGUCAGGAACGCUAUAGGUUCGGCCAGGAGAUCAUCGAACAUGAAGCUAACUGCAAUUAUAACCCACAGAAGCAAUUCCACUCUGAACCGCCACCUAUAAACCCAUCCGAUGGGCAACCCGGCGGAGGUAAUACCAAGAUCAAAGGUGUCAUCGCCACCAUUGCUUCGGGUCACAUCUACGCCACCAUCACACCUAAUCAUUUCAACCAGUACCAAAAGUAUGGUCAACAGAUGGAAGAGAACAAGAUGCGUCAGUCGCAGAUGAUUCCGAGGAUAUCCGCCGCAGGACAAUCGUGCGAUUCCAGUGCUGGUGUAGCACCAGUGCACGCACAUAGCACCAAUGGUAGCGUGCGUGGUCAUCGCAAGCAGGAGAGUCAGGAUUUGAGCACACGCAGUAGCAUCUCUAUCGAAAACCAUCAUUGGGACCAAUAUAACGGCGCUGCGGGUGCCGAUGACACAAAGUACCAGGAAGACGAUGACGAAGACGAUGCUAGGAAGUACAUCCGCACUGCGAAGGUCGCUGGAAUCGGUGUAACGCGCAACGAAAGCAUUCUCUACAAUAAUGUCGUCACCGAGAUGAAAUAUAAGCAGCACCUGAAGAAGACACCGGCGCCGAACGUCCCGGAAUAGAUCGCCUCAGUUCAUUUUCAUGAUAAGUCUAUGCCAACAUUUGAUUAAAUCAUCGUUUUGCCGUAAUUGCUAAAUAAACGUGACUAACAGCUAGCGGAGAGGAUAAAUAUUGUUAUAAAUAUGCUGAAAUAUGAAUCGUCGGUGUCGAUGGCUUUCGAUAUUUUAUUCGCGCGAUCCGAUUCCUUUGCUAGAAAAUAUUUAUCGUCGAGAUUAAUAUUUCAAGUUAAAUUAUCAGUCGAGUGAAAAAUUUCUAUAGAAAACGUUUAUCCAGCCGCAUCAAGAUGAAACAAUACCCUUCGAUUGAUCUAUCUCGAUUGUUUACGGCGCAUUUGCACUUUUUUAAAUGGCAAUUAAAAACUUCACGCGCACGCUGAUUGUCGGGUUACGUAUUUGAUAAGCGACGCGUUGUCUUGUAUUUCGGCAAAAUCAACGAGUGAAAUUAGCAUUUUAAUUAUUGAUCAUUAUCAUCGGCGAUAAGUCGUAUCUAUAUACCUUGUCGUGUUUUAAUAUUGUUCUAUUAUUGACUCGCGAUAAUCCCGGGCGCGCAUUUAAUUAUUAGGCAAUUGUUUUCGUUCUUAUAUUUUUGAUUGGAUUUUGUUUUGUGGUUGGUUGGCUGUGCGUUGAUGAGAAAUAAAGUUGAUAGAGUAAGCGUU